UUUUAGAUGUGAAUUUUUGAUUUUAAAUAUGCCUCGGCUAGAGUUUAUCCUCUUGUGUCUAAUUUGUCAUCCAACUCUUGGAGUGAAGUUUUCGAUAAUCCAUAAUAAUGAUAUGCACGCCCGGUAUGAUCCCGUAGGUGCACACUACGGCAAGUGUAAAAAGACGGAAGAGGCAAUGGGCCUUUGUUUUGGGGGCUUUGCGCGUAUUGCCACCGUCCUACAGGAGGCCAGAUCUAAUGGUUCGGUUUUGUAUUUAAAUGCUGGAAAUACUUUUCAAGGAACACCCUGGUUUACGGUCUAUCAUGGCGAAAUGGUAGCUGAAAUGAUGAAUAUGUUAGAGCCCGAUGCUUUGUCACUAGGCACUCAUGAGUUCGAUGAUGGGGUCGAUGGUCUGUUGCCAUUUCUCGAUAAGGUGACAUCGCCCGUUGUCUGCUGUAAUAUAGACACCAGCGAGGAUCCCGAUCUGCACAACCAUCCGAGACUAACAAAGUCAGUGAUUAUCAGCAAAUUUAACACAAAUAUUGGCAUAGUAGGUUAUCUAACGCCAAGAACCAAGCAAAUAUCCAAGCAAAAUAAAUUGGUCUUUUCCAAGGAGAUUGAAGCAAUCAACAACGAAGCCCGUCGACUUGUGAGCCUGGGUGUCAACAUUAUAAUAGCCUUGGGUCAUUCGGGCUAUGCCAUAGAUCAGCAGAUAGCCAAAAAAUGUCCCGAAGUCGAUGUCGUUGUAGGUGGACAUUCGCAGACAUUUCUAUAUACAGGGGAACCGCCAGAUAAGGAGAUACCGACCGGGCAUUAUCCGACAAUUGUGGCCAAGCCAAACGGUAUCAAUGUGCCGGUGGUGCAGGCCUUCGCCUAUACAAAAUAUAUGGGUAAAAUAGAUCUAGAGUUCGAUGAACAGGGUAAGCUAUUGCACUUUAGCGGGUCGCCCAUCCUACUUAAUAAGAAGGUAGCUGAGGAUGAGGCUGUAAAGGAAUUUCUAGAAAGCAAACGGGAGCCCAUCGAUGCCAUCGAGAAGAAUGUGGUGGGCACUACUUUGGUAUACUUGAAUGGGCAAACUAAUUCUUGCCGCAAGGAGGAAUGCAACUUUGGCAAUCUUAUAGCCGACAGUUUUGUCUAUGCCCGGGCCUUGCAACUAAUGGAUGAGGCAUACUGGACAGAUGCGUCUAUAGCCGUCGUCAACUCUGGUUCCAUUCGGGCAUCGAUUGAACUCGAACCAUCUGGCGCUGUGACAGGAGCAGAUAUAGCCACGGUUCUGCCGUAUCGUAAUGAACUCUUCUACACGGACAUAAAGGGCAAACAACUUAUAGAUAUUUUGGAGUUCUCCGCCAAAUUGCGCAACAAGGAAAACGAUGGUGGUUUCCUUCAGCUGUCCGGACUUCGGGUCAAUUUCAAUUACAAUCGUCCAAAGGGGAAACGUAUCACACUUCUGGAAGCACUUUGCACCACCUGCAAAGUGCCUUUUUACGAACGCGUCCACAAAGAGAAGGUCUACCGUAUAAUCUUGUCCAAUUUUCUGCUAUCAGGCGGCGAUGGUUAUAAGGUGAAGGAUCCCGACGAUCCCGUUUAUGACUUUCUACGGAUAAACGAUAGCGGCGCUUUGACCCAGUAUUUUCAACACCACAAAGUUGUCUAUCCAAUGCUCGAGAAUCGGAUUGGAAAUGUAGAGAAAAGGCAUCAAACUUCAUUGGGCACUCGGUUCUAUGGACGUGUUCAAUUUACUCUUAUCGUUUUAUUUUUACACUGCAAAUUUCUCAAUUCUACAAAACUUAUACUAUAUUUGGGCUAAGAAACUCACAGAUGCGGCAACGACAUAUAAUAAUA